CAAUGAGGCUGUUGGUGGUGUUGGUGCCGCAUCUGUGCGUCGUACGCCCAAACUAUAACUCUGACAGCUUUACCAGAGGAUUGUGAGUGAGAAGACAAAUUUUCCUACGUUUCUAUGUAUAAAUUAUUUCUGUAGAGUGAAAUUUGCGGCCUGGAGCGCAGUUUUAAAAUUAAUUUUUUGACAGUUUUACCUCUCCCUCUACACUCUGAGCGAUGACAUCACACACUCUGACACGAACAUUCCGUGCAAUACACACCCAUUAUAAUCUCAGAAUUUCUCCAAAAAUGAUCAUGGUCAUUGAACAGGGAUUGAUAAAAACCUAUAUGACCUAUCGAAACGUGGAUUAAUACACCGAUACACAAGACUUGUGUCUACUGUUUAAAGGUUAAAUGGAGUCUCUAGGUGAAAUUAUGCCGGAGAAGUAGACGUUUAAAAAUCUCCAAUGAUUGUUCUUUUUCGUUCAUUUUUUGUCGGCCGUCCCAUUCAUUUCAAUGCAAAAUUUUGAGCAGUUUUUCGCGACUUACGUCGCGAAAAAUUCGUAUUCUGUAGAGAAAAGUAAUAGCACACCGAUCCCGAUCAAACCGCACGUUUUGAUAUAUAAUUUGUAGCGGGACGAAAUUGCGUCCGCAAGAGGAAUAAGAAGAAAUCCACAAUAUAACAGUAGUGCUCUACUGUACCGAGGCCCUAAUAAUAAUAUUUCUCCGCUCUCUUCCUGAGAGUGGAAGCGUCCUGUUGCCAUGGAGACGCCGUGUUGGGUGGUGCAGAGUGGAUCUUUGUGUCCCGGAACAAAAACCAAACACCACAGACAGUCAGCGAUGUAGCUUCCAGCUUUUCUGCUGUUUUUCUGCCUUUUUGUGGGAACUACAAAGUUUUUUGUUUUGUUUGUUGUUUUUAAACCCGGGACGUAAAGCAGCUGGUUUCAGGUUUAAAACAGCAGAAACUCUGAAACAGGAGGACUUCCAGGUCUGCUGCUCAUUUAUACAGUUUAUUUUUGUUUUAUUGUUAGGUCAGGCGAUUUUUACAGCAUCAAUGCUGCUGCAGGAAAACGAGGGGUUGUUUUAUUCAGACUCCGUUAACGUUUUUAUCCUGCACGGAGCUUUUUAUUAUUUUUAUCAGCACUGAGUGUCAAAUCUGCAUCAUGCCAGAAAAUAAAAACUGUAAGCUGCUGCAGCCGUCCAGGAGCUGCGACAGUAAUAAUAAUAAUAAUAAUAAUAGUAAGAGGAAGAAGAAGAAGAAAAAGAAGAAGAGAAAGAAAGCCAAUGCUUCCACCACUCCUCCAAAAAACACAGAUAAACCUCCGGCUGAGACCUCUCCGGCGUCCAUGCAGCCCCCACAGAGUCCUGGUCCCAGCCCGGUCCGAGUCCAGCUGCCCAAACUCAGAGGUAGCGGGCGGAGGAGCAGAAAGGACUCCCCUGCCCCACGACACAGAACCGGCAGCAGCAGUAGAGAGUUGAGCAUCCAGGCCAGGGAGAGCCUGAGGUGGGAGGGGGCGCUGGAGGACCCCCAGGCUGAGGAGGAGAGGCUGGAGCUGUACAGGGCCAACCGGAGGCAGCGCUACAUCGCUCACAGGGACGCUCCGAUUAAAGAAACCAACGGUGCUGUGGGACAGAGCAGAGAGAAGAAAGGAGUCUUGCACUGAUUUAAAGACGCAGUGAGAAGAUCUUUAGGUGCCAUUUACACAAUAAAAUUGCUAAUUUAAUAACCUUUAACCCAUAAGAACACUAUUUAUCCUUGAAGGAUAAUUAUGGGGGAUAUAGCACAGACCAAGUGGACUAUAUAGAACACAUUUAUGGUGUUUUUAAAAAAAAAAAAUACUACCCCUAAAUGCCAAAGAUCUGUGAUGUGACACAUACAUUACAAUGGGCGUUUAUGGUAUUUGUUUAUAAUAUUUCUUAUUUUAAAAUAAAAAAACUAGACACAUUUUCUGCUUUCAGAGACACAAAUUUACAUUUUUCUUUGCAUCUCAUUUAUCAUUUAUCAAACAUUAUAGAAAUUGUGACAUUUAUAGUGCUGUUUAACAACAAAUUAUUUUUCAGAUUUGUUUUGGAAGCAACAAAAUAAAAAUAAAUCAAUAAUAAAUAAAAACAAAUAACCAUUUGCCUUUUUGUUUGCGUUUCCAUAACAUAUAUCAAAAUUGUGACUUUCAUCAUUUGUUUAGGAAAUAUGGUCAGAACAAGUUAAAUACAAUACAGGACAUUAACGGAUUAGAAUUGUUAAAUGGGUUUAAACUUCGCCUCGGAACAAAAAAUAAGCUUUUUGAAAUUAGCGACUUUUUCACAUUUGUGUUUUCAGUCACACACAUAUUUUCGAUAAGUCACUUCUUGUCAAAGUCACAUGACCACCACACCAGGGUGUUGAGUAUACAUUGUUUAGGGAUUUAA